CUACCUCAUAUAAACACCAAGGUAUGUUGAGUUUCCACCCGGUCUCUUAUUAGAGGGACACAUUCAAGAUGGCGGCCGAGGAGCUGAAUGUCAACACACCUCCUGCUGGGAAAGACAGCGUGAAUGAGGCUAAGUUACAAAUGUUAAAAGGUGGAGUGUUUCUGACGACCGUGGCCACCGCAGGAAUGAUUGCUGGAUUCGGCUCGACCCUCGCGUUGGCGAAGAAAAAGAGCCCUGAGUGGUUUAAUAAGGGUGUCAUGGGAACGGUGGCGGUGCCUGAGAGCGGAGCGUCGUUGGCCCUGCGUGCACUCGGAUGGGGUUCUCUGUAUGCCUGGUGUGGAGUCGGCCUUCUAACCUACACCGUAUGGAAAGCUACAGGCGUCCACAGUUUGGUGGAAUUCCGACAGAAAAUGCAGUCCAUCUUUCCCGCCAUCCCGAAAAAAGAAGACGUCGAGCCAAACGCAGCACCUUUCGACUGGGACUCGCUAUUUAGAUCCAAAUGAUCACUGAUGUGCCGGUGAAGAGAACUUUACAUGUUUGCUCACUGGAGGGACAACCUGCAAAAUGACUGCCAGGUCAGAUGAAAAUCAAGUUUCCUUCCUCUUCGUAGAUUCUGUAUUCACAUCGGUGGUGGUGAUGAAUCAGGAAAAGACUCUUUCUGGCUUCAAUAUACUGUGUGUGCGUGAGAGAUGGUGAAGUCAUGGUCCAAAGGACAUUUUCCUUUGUAAGUAGUAGCAUGUGCACAAUAAUUUAAAUUGGCUUAAGGAGUUUGGAGCAGUUUUGAUUUAAACAAAGAAGAAGAAAAUGACUUGUGCAUGGGUGCAAUCGAUAUUCUCUUCCAGAAUAUAAUGUAAAAGAGAGCUCGUCAUCCAAAAGUACAUGGACACUUGACCAGAACACUCAUACAUGCUUUUUAAACAUCCUCUAUUUAUACUGUGUGUGUGUGUGUGUGUGUGUGUGUAUAUGUGUAUAUAUAUAUAUAUAUAUAUAUAUAUAUAUAUAUAUAUAUAUAUAUAUAUAUAAAUAAAAAUAUAUAAAGAAUAUAUAAAAAGGAAGUCUCUCUUUAUUUAAUAAGCUCCACUCUUCCAGGGGUUUGGAGCAUCUGAGGGGAUUAGUGGACAAGUUCCAGGUCAUGAGAAAGUUCUUCCACUCUUACCUUGUCGAAGCAUGUCUCCAUAAUGCUUUGUGUAAUGCUAGAACAAGGUUGUGCCUCUUACUGCCAGUGAAGGGAAACUGUAGAUCUACAGCCAUUCUCUACAGUUGUGUUGCGACCGUCGUCAUGGCGACGUUUUGGGGAAGGAAACAUGCGAGCGUUACGGUCAGGUGUCCACAAACUUUUGCCUGGACAGUUUAUGUAUUCUAUGUUGAUAGUUAAAAAAAAAACCUUCGUAAACCACCAGUGCUUCAUUAGUUUUAGUCUCUAGAGUUAAAUAUUAAAUGUUUGUAUGAAAAUUAAGUUUAAUUGGGGGAAAAAUCCUGUCUAAAUUUGCUCUCAGGUCUGUCCUAACAACUGUGGCCUACACGUCUACUGUUAAUAUGUAUGUAUGUAUGUGAGUCAUUUAGAAGAUUGCUAGGAAAUAAAUAGCUUUGCUUUUUUUUCUCUCUC